GGAAGCUAAAGAGGUGAUGCAGCUAAAUAUGAGGGGGAUGGCGCUCGAUUUUGUGUUUCUGAUCUUUAUAUCUUGGCUCUUUUAUUUUUAUUUGUGGUGUGGUUUGGCACUUGUCCACACUGUCGUCUCCGAGUUUUGGCGGGGAUACGAAUCUUUGUGUAACUUAUACACAUCCUUGGACUAAACAUUCAUCGAGACACUCUUAGCUUUUACAACUUCAACAUACGACGAUGUAUGAGCUUGAAAGAUACUGGAUCGCCCACGGGGCCAUGGUCUUUCUUGGAGCAUGGAUCCCCUCUGUCGUUUUAUUCUUCUGCAGUUUCUGCCUCGUCCGUCGCAAGAGGGAUCCGGCUAGAACUGCAUUCACAUAUCUCAAGCUGGCACUCUUAGUAUUCUCAGGCUAUACCUUCUUCGAGUUCACCUCAUACGUCGUCUCAGUCGUGCACACGCGAUUAUACUACAGUGGAAGAAUCGACAGUGAAUUCGACUCGCACUACUCAAAGACUCUACAAGUCACCGUGCAGGUCCUCGCCACUCUUGCGCUUAUUUACGAUUUGGUCACCGAUAUUCUCGUCAUGAUAAUCCUCCUACGUCUCGGCACCGGUAUCAUCAUGGUCCAGACAGGCCAACGCGAUCCAAAGGGGAAGAUCCUCCGCUUCGGCUCAUACAUCGCAGCAACUAUCCUCUUCGCUCUCGCCUUGACUGCCUUCGGUCUUCGGAUUCGAUAUGUGUAUGAAUUCUUCUUCAACGAUGUUAGCGUUGGUGUGGAUAGUUACACCAAGUCUCGACAGAUCAGCUUUUCUUUCAGUGUUUUGGUCUUUGUCAUUUCUCUGGCGAUUGUUGCGCGAGCAAUUUUGAUCAAGGUUCAGUCAAAGGGCGAGAAUGCCCUUACUUGGUGCUCAAACAUGUUCAUCGCUGCAUCUGUGGUAUGGCUCCUGCGCACGACAUUCAACAUGGCGUCGACAGCUGCUUGGACUGAUCUGAGCAGUGCGUACGGCGACCGUGAGUACAAGUAUGCUUACUACAUCCUUGACGUCGUCUUCGGAAUCUGGCCGCAGUUCGUUGUCCUCUGCUUGGUCUUCUUUAUCGGUCGUGCAAAGAACAAUGGCAUUUGGUCUAAGCAGGAGCAGAACCCCGUGAAGGGCGUUGAGGCUGGAGAGCGUACGGCUUGGGGUUAUGGACAAGUCCCUCCUCAGGCACAGAAUGCUGCACCUAUGCCCGAGCAGCAGCACUACCCGCAGCCGGAACAGCAGCAUCUGGCUCACGGGUAUGGUCCUCAGCAACCAGUGCCUCAGCAGCAGAACGGCUACUAUGCACCACAACAACCUCAGUACGCGGCUUAUGAUGCUAUAUCUCCCGUGUCCCAGCCUAGGUCACCACCUCCUCAUGAGGAGACGGUGGGCUUGAACCACCAGGCUGACGGUACUCCUCCCCAGGUACCAGUUCAGCCUUACCCGGAGAAGCAUUAGGGGUGCUGGGACAGAUGAUGAAUCGUUUUAUGACAGGUAAUGGGCGUGAUUGAAUUUGGACAACUUCUACAGAUAUGAUACCACCCUUCUAUACUUUAUGAUAUUUAGUAAAUCUCAAAUCUACCGCAUCAACAGAAUGCCUAAACCUUGCGAUGUCAUCUAGUCCACGUCUGAGAACUCAGCUGGAGCAACGAACGGGCCAUCUUCACCCAUAGUACCCGUGACGUAUCUGAUUCAGUCAGUAAAUGAAUUCUACAUAAACGAAUAAUGACUAGACUCACUUUGUAUGGCUUCCUCGC